AUGCUGCACGUUUUCGAUGUCAAUGCACGCAAGUACAGGCACACAUUCUAUGCAAGCACGGUAAACACGGUAUUGUUCUGUGCAGACGAUCUUAAUGAUCUUCUGGAGGGUGAUGAGCCGUCACAGAAGAGACUAAAGUCAGGUGACGAUGAUUUGUCACUUGAUGAUGGCGAUGACAUGAAAGAGGAAGCGUAUGAAGGUCUGGAAAUUAGUGAAGAAGAUGAUAACAAUGAAGACGACGUCACGGAAGACGAUAACAAAUAA